GGGGGUGUAAGCCACUAAAACUAAACCAGGCCAAAUUGCGUACCCCCCAGUGCUAUCGCAACUCGAGGAUCAAUCCACCUCACUUACUACUUAUCGAGUAGUUAUUCCGGGCGAUCUCCUGUGGGAUGUCGGGGUAGCCACAAUGAUGUGCCUGUAAGAGUUGAGGAAUCGAACACGCACCAGCUCAGUGGAUCGCAUGUUUAUGUGGCAGGCUCUUCUACCAUUCCGCCGGGUCUAGCCCGUCAUUGAUAUGCAUGUUGGAGCGGUUUGCCAAUAUCCCAGCAGAGACACCAAAGCUGCAGAUAGGUAUUAUCCUUGGAAUAGAUUGCAACCCAGCCUAGUGUAGGUAACCUGGAUAUCAUGAUCUUCUACAUAGUAGCACUUAUAGCUAUAUAUUAUAGCUAUCCCACCUUUUACACACAGGAGGACUCCCUGUUUUUUUCCAUCUACAUGGACCCCCAUGCCGGCCAUGUGAACAUGCCCAUUAACAUAUUGAGUGGGACCUGGAAGAUAUCAUUGCUGGGUGCGAUGCUAGCGACUUGGCGGUACGGGCCGGGCUUUCAAGCUCGAUGGGGGGAGGCUGGAGGUAGGAACGACUAUUGUCUAUAUCGUACCGAAUAUUCUGAGAUAGAGGAUAAAGAGUGGGUGGCAUAAAAUGCAAGAUAUGAAUGUUCCCAACACUGUGGAGUAGAGUGGUAUCCGUAACGCCGGGACCGCAGAGACUGAUGAUCAGUUACCGAUUG